AUCUCUUUCAGCGUGGCGUGAAAGUUUCGGCCGGCGUGUAAGCCUAAUCCGCCUUGAACUUUUGGAUAUAUCACAUGCUGUUUGGAUUCAUCAGGAUGGCUUCUACAGAGAUGAUUCAGAGGCUGAAAAGUCGCGCUGACUCUGCUGAUGAGAUCAUAGCUCAACUUAGACAUCAACUGUCUCUCAUCAAGCAGGCAAAAGUCUCUUCCCAGAGUGCAGAAGCUGAGAAAAGGCUACAAAUUGAAAAUGAAAAUCUGAGGAAAGAAGUCCAACAGUUGAAGAAAGAAUUGGCCUUAGCAGAAAUUCACAAUGGAGUUAAACAGGUAUUUGCCCCUGCUAACAGAAAUGUUGUCAAGACAUCUGAUGAGACUCCAGUAGCUUUCAAUGAUAUAGCCAAACCCAAUGUGAAAACAAAAUCCCCAGACUCUCCCAAAUCAAAAUCUGCAGACCAGAAAAAGGAAAAGGAAGCCAAAAAAUCUGACAGUAACAAAGAAAAGCCAGAGGAGAAACCAAAAACUAAAAAGGGCAACAAGCCAUCACCAACAGCUGCAGCUGAUGUAAAGAUCGAUGCUUCCCGACUUGAUAUGAGGGUCGGUCAUAUUGUUUCUGCUAUUAAACACCCAAAUGCUGACCGUCUCUUUGUUGAGGAUGUGAAUGUUGGAGAGGAAAAGAACAGGACUGUUGUCUCUGGACUAGCUGGAAAAAUACCUCUAGAACAAAUGCAGGACCGGUUGGCCGUGUUUAUGCUGAACCUGAAGCCUGCUAAGAUGGUGGGCAUCCAAUCUGAGGGGAUGAUUAUGUGUGUGUCUGAGGGCGAGAAGGUGGAGAUUCUUGUACCACCCCCAGGAGCCGCCAUUGGAGACCGGGUCACAUGUCCAGACUAUGAAGGCACGCCAGAUGCGCAGCUGAAUCCUAAAAAGAAGAUUUGGGAGCAAAUAAAGCCAGAUAUGAAGACAAACGCUGACAAAGCUGCCUGUUACAAAGGAUCUGUUUUUUCAGUGGCAGGGAAAGGACCAUUAACUGCCCCCACACUGGCCAAUGGGCAAAUCUCCUAGAUAACAGCAGUUCUGGACUCAGAUGAUGAGGGGAGUUUGGAAUUCAAACUCUCUUAUUGCUAAAGGUAAAAAAGUCCUACCACAUCAUGUGACUUGUCAAAAACUAUUUUUGAUCACAUUUUAACAUAGCAAUGGCAUCUGAAAAAAGUUUCACACGAAGUAAUUUACAGUAGAAGAACAAUGGAGAAAACUGAGGAGCUGAAUGUGUGUGAACUAAAGUUUCUAAAGUGAAGAGAUGUCAUUUGUUCCUCUGGAACACGCUGAGGCAGGUGAUAUGUUAAUGCCAGAAAAGGUUGCAUAAAACUUUUCAGUAGUCACAUGAUACCGUAGGACUGAUUUUACCUUUAAUAUCAAAAAAGUUGGAACUCGAAACUCCUCUCGUGUGAAUGCAGUAUGGUGCUUUGGGCAUACUGAAUGGUGCCUUUGUUUGAAAAUUAUAAAUGAUAAUAUAAAUACUGUACAUAUAAGGCAUUUAUAACACAAUGGUGUAGAAAGAUACCAGUAAGUUAAAAUCUGUCCACAAGCCUGUCUUAAUUGCUUCAUGAGAGACUCCUCAGAAUCUCGCAUGAAUGUUAAGCAGGUUGCAGAGAUCGACUGUGUCUAGCUGAAAUAUAUGGAGAAAAGGGGUUGUUUAUCACAGCUAUUUCAGAAGAGCUUGAUUCCUCCCAGCUGUUAUAUUAAACAUUCUGAUGAUUCUUACAGUACUCUUGAACUUCAUUCAGAUUGUGAUUGAAUGGUCAUUGAGACCAGAAGAUACGUGGGCAUGUGUUCUGUUAGUGGUUGAAUGCAAAGCAUAAUUCUGAAAUGAGACAAUUGUCCUUUGUUUCGAAUAAAACUGAU